CAAACCCACCCACCCCCACCUCUCUCUCUCUCUCUCUCUCUCUCUCACCGUUAACUCCUCCUCCUCCCUUCCCCGCCGUUUUGCCCAUCGAACUCUUAAAACCCAUUGGUCCUUCCCGAAAACCAUGGAGAUGUGAUCGGCGCCCCCCCUAUUGGCCGGAGAGAUGGGAGGGAUGACGUCGACGAUGGCUGCGAGGUUCGCUUUCUUCCCGCCGGACCCGCCUUCGUACAGGGUUGUGGUGGAGGAUGAAGCGUCGGGACGGCUGUCCAUGACCACCGUGACGCCGCGGGAGGGGGUGGAAGUACGGCGGCUGUGGACCAGGCGCGGGAGCGGGAUCGUCGCGAUGUACGUGACGAACCCCAACGCGAAGCUCACCCUGCUCUACUCCCAUGGCAACGCGGCCGACCUUGGCCAGAUGUACGAGCUCUUCGUCGGGCUCAGCAAUCACCUCCGCGUCAACUUGAUGGGAUAUGACUAUUCAGGUUAUGGGCAAUCAUCUGGAAAGGCUUCAGAGCAAAAUACUUAUGCUGAUAUAGAAGCUGCUUACAAAUGCCUUAAAGAGACUUAUGGAGCCCAUGAAGAAGAUAUUAUUUUAUAUGGCCAAUCAGUUGGUACUGGUCCUACUUUAGAAUUAGCUGCUCGUUUGCCUCGAUUGAGAGCAGUUGUUCUGCAUAGUCCUAUUUUGUCUGGUCUACGUGUAAUGUAUCCUGUGAAGCAUACAUACUGGUUUGACAUAUAUAAGAACAUUGAUAAAAUUCCACUUGUGAAAUGUCCCGUGCUGGUAAUUCAUGGUACAGAAGAUAAUGUCGUUGAUUGUUCACAUGGGAAGCGCCUGUGGGAACUAUGCAAAGAAAAGUAUGAACCUCUUUGGAUUAAGGGAGGCAACCACAAUAAUCUAGAACUCUUUCCAGAUUACAUCAGGCAUUUAAAGAAGUUCAUAUCAGCCAUAGAGAACUUACCUGUAAUAAAAGAUGAAUCUGUUGAGACAUCAGACGUCACUGAGGCUCCUCGGACGAGCUCUGACUGUCUAGAGUCUUCAAGAAUGAGCACAGAUCAGACAGACAUGUCUAGAUCAAGCACUGUCAGUGGGGAUAAAUCUAAGCGGAGAACAGAAAGCGGAGGAAAGUCAAGACCUAGUACUGACAGGAGAGAGAAAUCAAGAAAAAGUGUUGACAGUUCUAAAGACAUGAAGGAUGACAUGGACCAACCAGAAAAACCGAGGAAAAGCUCUGAUCGCUUUGGAGACAUGAUGAGAUCAAUGGGAUUAUGCAAUAUGGACUGUUUGAAAGACACAGCUUCCAAGGCCUAAGCAAUACAAAGACAACCGAUGUUGAAAUUAGUUUUGCUUCCCGUUGUCCGUCCGCGCAUAUCUCUGUAUUUAGUCCCUCUCUUUUUUUCUUUUUCUUUUUUUUUCACGUCAUGCAUUUUAUUUCUUUGAGAAAGAUGGUUGUCGGUAAUGAAGUGGCCAAAUCUUUUUUUUUCUUUUUUGUGGGCAAAAUUCACCAGGAUGAGGCAGGGUUAUUUGUGAAGUGCACAGAUAAAUGAGGCAGGGUUAUGCUGCCCCUAAAAUUUUGAUACUGCUAGAAAUCACAUGUGAUGUUUGUCCGAUCAAUAUUUAGGUUGCAAGAAGGAUACUAAAUUUGGGAUUGUUACUUUACCUUCCUGAAGAAUCAAAUGUGAUGCUUACCUCAUGUGGUCUAUCUAU